UUCCGUGCGAGCUCCCGAGGCGCUCGUAUCUCGUCCCGUUCACGCUGAUUGUCCGCAAUCGCGCUCGUUUUAUGUGCGUUCCGUGUGUGAGGGUGUGAGCACGUGCCCCUGUGUGGCGUAUUCGUUCCCUCGUGCUGCAAAAACCGCCAAGAUUCGGGUGAAGAACCGUGAGCCGGUGCCGGCGUACGCCAUGGCCGACGCCGACCGUGAUUCGGACCUUGGAGACGACAGUCCUGUGGGAGAAAUCGAUGCGGCUCACCUGAUGUCUGCACGCUCCGAAGGCGAAUCAUCAGGGGAGCAAUCUUGCGAAAGUUCAGACGAAGGGGUCGGCCGCGACGCGCCAGUAAACCACCAGGGACUUCAGCCCCACCAACAGCAUCAGCAUCAAAUGCACCAGUCGCAUACCGUGUCACACACUCCACACCAGCCGUUCCAGCAGCAUAAUCUGAACCACCACGCGACUGUCAGUCAUCAGCCGAUGAACAGCCAUCAAAUGAAUCACAAUCAGAGGAAUUCGCCGAGGCCGCAUGAAAGGGAAUUGAAAGUCCGAGAUGACUUCGAGUCCCUCAAGUCAUCGCUGCACCCACAUCUCUCCUCACUGGCUUCACUAGCCCAGGGUGCGCCUCUGUCGACUCCCAGCAGCGUGUUUGCACUCGCUGGCGGUGGAGCCACAGGGAGUUUCCCUUAUGCGCCACCGGCUUUCCUCGCCCCUGCUCCUCCCCCACCGGCACAGCCAGCAGGAUCAGCGUCAUCUUCUUCAUCAGAAGGCAGUGCAGCUGGUUGGAGCUUUGAGGAGCAGUACAAGCAGGUCCGUCAGUUAUACGAGAUCAGCGACGACCCACAGAGGAAGGAGUUUCUCGAUGACUUAUUCUCUUUUAUGCAGAAACGAGGCACUCCAAUAAAUCGACUGCCCAUCAUGGCGAAAUCAGUUCUUGAUUUGUACGAGCUGUACAACCUGGUGAUCGCCCGCGGCGGCCUGGUCGAGGUGAUCAACAAGAAGUUGUGGCAAGAGAUCAUCAAGGGCCUCCGGCUGCCUUCCUCCAUCACAUCUGCCGCGUUCACUUUACGCACACAAUACAUGAAGUAUUUGUAUGACUAUGAGUGUGAGAAGAAGAACCUGUCCACUAGGAGCGAGCUGGACGCAGCCAUAGAAGGCAACAAGCGGGAGGGACGCCGCGCCUCCGGCCAGUACGAUGCGCAGGCGGCGCUAGCCAUGGUCGGUCUGAUAAAUCCGUCGCUCAACCGCGGUGUUCCAGCGUCUUUAGCCCAGUUAUCCCAACACAUGCAGCCUCUCUCGCUCUCCCUGGCAGGUGGGGUGGGAGGAGUGCCCCGUCUUCCUCCUCUCCCACCGCACACUCCCCACAUAUCACAGCAUGACAUCGAGUAUCGUGUUAGAGAAUAUAUGAAAAUGAUACAGCAGCAGAGGGAACUGAUGAGGAAUGGGUCAGAAUCUCCGCCGGGCAUCAACGGGCCUGCACCGAUGAUCUCCCCGCGAGAUGCGGCUGCACUCAACGCAAUGGAUGUGUCCCGGCUCACAUUGUGGUCAAUUUACAACAACAACAAUAAUAACAGCCCCCAGCCGGAUUUGGAGCCACAACGAGAGGCGCUCAAUCUGAGUGAAAGUCCCAACUCCAGUGUAAGCGGUGGCAAGCGUGAAGCGUGCCGGUCGCCGCCGCCGCCAGCUAAGCGGCGCUCCUUACGGCCACCGUCGCCUUCAGCGCGCGCCAGUCCACCGCACACUCCAAGCGCACCCAGCACACCUCGGGAAUGUCUGCCUGCAACACAAAUCAAUGGCAAUACGCCAACUAACGGUGUGAAUGGGGCCGCAUUCAAGAUCACCACUAGAGGUGAUGCAAGUACAGGUGAUCAACAACUCGUUGUAUCAAUAGAACUGAACGGAGUCACAUACGAGGGUGUCCUCUUUCCGACACAGGAUAGCAAUGGCCAAAAUGGCCACAGGCCAAUGGUGUCCUAAAUUUGAGGCAAUAACAAUAAUAGCAAUAGUGGUAAGGAUAGUUUACGUCUUUCAAGUUCCGAGUCACCCGUUAUUACACUGUAGGGAAACAAGUAGAUUGUUAACGAAUUUGUCUAUGCUUGUGGAGAAAAUUAAGCGGGAGAAUGUGAUGUUCUGUAAACGUUUUUGUCUAUGGUAAGAGCAAACAAUCUUUGUUACUCCGUUUUUCCCGACACUCUUCUCAAACAUAGGCAAAUCAUUCGUCAUCAAUCUACAAAUUGAUCAGGUUAGGUUUAUAUCUGAGGCAUAGGUUGUGCUAAUCGACAAGUACCCAUUAACUAUUUUUCCUAAAUAUCGAGACUAGCCAAGAAACUCGUAGGUUCAGAAACAUCGGCCUACUAUAUUAUUUGGGUACUAAAUUAUUUAAAAGCAAAUGUAAUGAUAGAGUCUAUUUAAAAAAAAAAAAGUAAUAUUAUUGUCUAUGUUUAUUAUUAGAUAUAAACCCAGCCCAUGUACAUUCGAUAAAGUGGUUUACAAAUUUUGAUCUCAAAAACCUUGCUAGGGUAUUUGGGACUGGAAAAGCAGAUAAUAGUAUUUUGUAAUUUUAAAACUCAAAUUUGAAGUAAGUACAAAACUUAUCAUUAUAUUGUUCUUUUGGGCGUUUUAAUAAUUUAUCAUAGUAUGGCACGGCAUUGCAGUUUCACCAGCGAUGCCACAUUAACUACAUACCUAGGGUUGCCAUCUUUAAAAUUUGGCAACCAGGACAAGACGCGUGAAAACCCCGAAUUUUAGAGCUCAGAAUAAGGAUAUAAUAACAGGUUUUUUUUAAACAUAGUGACCAUGCGCUGUCGGUCAGGAUAUUGUAAAGGCAUUUGAUUGAGUCUGGCAUCGAGGUUCUAGUCCGGAUCGAGUAUAAAUUGUCCUACUAUUGACUUUCCGACAGCUUGUAUAAAAAGAUUGCCAGCUUUUUGUCGGGGUUCUUCAAGGGGGGGGGGGGUAACAUGGUUUCUUCAAGGUCGGUAACGCAUGUGUAAUACCCCUGUUAUUGCAGUAUAUAUGGUAUGAUAUGUAAUGAUCUUAGUAUAUAUAGAUAGUGUCUCCAUACAAAUUCUUCGAGAAAAGCGGGUAAAUUUUUUCAUACAAUUUUGCGUGAUCAAUGGUAAUGAGUGUUUCCUUUAUAACUUCUAUAUUUAUUUUGUCUUAUAUUUUUUGCAUCUUUCUAAUGCGUAAAAACUUGUUUUAUUUAUUAAAUAAUUAAAUACAUAUAGGUCACGAUACAUUAUAUGCAUAAGUAUAUAGAACAUUGAUAAAAAAACAAGUUAGCUUUUUUUGUCAGCUAAUUAUCAAUUUGUCAAUUAGUUGACAAAAAAAUUGUACCUGUGACUAUUGGUCCGAUCUAACACUAAUCAGCGUUGAGAUGGAACGUGGAAGCCUAGAUAGCGUUCGGGAAACUGUAGUACAUCUCAUUCAAAAAAUCUCAAAGUUAGGUUAGGGAACCAGUACCUGUUAUCAGUAUUGACUGUAUAGAACCGAAACACAAUGGACGUAGGUGGUGAAGGACCGUUCCUUUCUUUCGGUAGUCUAUUAGGGGAGGCCUAUGUUUAGCAGUGGACAGAUAAUGGCUGCUAUAACUAUCUUGCCGGGGGGAAAAGGGAUUGUUAGUAAUGGCGUCUAAUGAACACAUUGCUAGCAAUACACCUUAUCAGGUCGACCUCCACGAGGUUCCCCCUGGAAACCAUAGUGAAAAAUUCUUAUUGAAUUCGUCACGCUGGGCUAACUGACCCGCUUCAUCCUCACCUAUCAUGUCUCACUGGUGCCCCGUUAGUGUAUACCGAUAGCGCGGGCGGGGUUACCAUUCCAUUAUCACCCAUUAAAAAAAAAAAAACUAUCUUGCCGGUAAAAUCGUGUUGUGAAGUGUCGUGCCGUGUUAUGGUAAAUUGUAAAAUCGUAUUUUGAACUACAUAUAUCAUUAAUAUGUACUUAGUAGUCGUUUUACAUAUGAUUAAGUGUCAUUUUUUACUUUCAGUGUUUAUAGUUCAUGGAUAUUAUAAUUUUUUUUACGUCACUGCCAUGGAAAGAACGUGAAAUUAUUUAAAACAGAAUCAUUUUCUACAUGUUCUUUAGUGGAUGUUUUUAUACAAUUAUUUUAAUAAUUUUUUUUUUUAAUUGCGACAAGUUUUGUAAAUAUAGUUUUAACGUUAUAUAUUUAUAAUUCAAUGUUUGACGUAUGUGUGAUAAAUAAUCAGUGUUUGUCUGAUUUUUCGUGCUUGUGUUGUAAAUUUAUGUAAAUAUUAUAAAUUGCGUAUAUUAGAGCAUUUUUACAACGUCAGGUAGACAUGUUUAUGAUUAUUCAUAUUUUAAAAGGUGUACAUUUUAAUCGUCGACUAUGUUGUCAGUAUUUUUUUUUAGAUUUAGGUACCUAUUUAUAAUAAUGUUUCUGUUGCGCUUUCUUUUCGUGAACGUCUGUACACGUGCUGUAAUCAUUAUAAUUUGUUUUAGUGGUAUAAUGCUGCGACUUUUUUUUUAUGCAACUUAUAAUGGCAAACAAGCUAUCGGCCCACCUAAUGCAAAGUGGUAACCGUCGCCUAUACACUAAAAUUACAUUAGUAAUAAAAACCAGUUAAAUGAGUGAAUUUUAUCAAAAUAUAUGUGUGGUUAGUUGCCAUUUUCUAAAAUAAAAUACGAAAAAUGAUAUUUAAAUAUAUCAUCGAUUCAAUAUUUAUUUUUAUUCAAUUACUGGUAAGAUGUUAUAUUACCGUUGAUUUCUCGAAUAUAUUAAUAGUAUCUUGACCCGAGCAAUUUGUCAAAUUUUUUUUAGUAAAGAAAUUUAGGCCAGCACCAACGAGGUAGGUAUAGUUUAUUUCAAUGGAAUUUAAUAAAAAGAGAUCCAAGUUUUGUUGUUAUUUAUUACUGUUUUUAUUAGUUGAUAUUGGAUUGUAAGUGAGUGGUAGAAUCGUUAAAAAAGGGACACUUCAAUAAGGUUACAAACUUUAUUGAACUGUCAUUAAUUUUUAUUUGAUUGAUGAUAAAACUUCACACUACAGAUAAUUAUAAUUUUAACUCACAUUUUUUUAAUAAUAAAUAUAAUUAUAUAUAAUAUGUAUAUUGAAGAUACACUCACUAAAUGAAAUUAGUAAUAAAUAGGAUCGUUCUAUAAAUUAAUCGAUUUUUAAUUCGAUCUAUACUAUAACUAUUGGACAUUAGCAGAUUUAUGUCUGCAUUAAUUAAUCGUUUCUUUACAUUUUCAUUAAAUUCUGUUGAAGUACACCAUACUGUUUAACCAGGGAGGCCAUAAUUUGGGCUAGCUGCGGACUAUCAGGUCCCAGGUAUGCAAUACAAUUUCACGUGUUCUAUUUUGAUAGACAAAAAUGUACGCCAACGAUUGUGUCUCAUUAGUGCCGGCUCUUAGAUAUUCUUUUUUAACAAUUGUAUUAUAUUGUUGUUUCGAAAACAUGUGUUUUUUUUUUAUUAUAAUUUGCACUUAACUAAUUAAAUGUAUAUUCAGUUAUAUUGUUCAAUAAUGACUGACGUGAUGAGUCGGAGUUAAUUUCCCGAUGAGAAAAACGAAUCUUUUAUUUUUCUUAUUUUUUUUUUAUCAUAACAAAUGACACGUUUUUAAAAUUUCCUACCAAUUAUAUCCGUAUGUUAAUGAUUGGUGAACAGAAUAAUUUGUUAAAUAUAUCAAUUAAUUUAAAGAUAGUGCAAUAAGCAAAAUUUAAAUUAUUAGAAUUAAUCUCCAGUUUUACAAGCUCUGGUGUCGUAGUGUUGUAAUAAAUAAUUUAAAAAUGCUUUGUAAAUGACUGAUUUACUGUUUUUAUCCUAUGUUAAAUUAAUGUAAUUAAUUUUAAUAUGUAAAAAUUCAUUUAUGUGUUUUAGUAAUGCAUAAUUUGAUUCAAUUAGAUGUAGAUUUAGUACAUUCCUGAAGAUGUACAAUAUAUUAAGAGAAUAAUAUGCGACUGGCCUACAUUUAUGUAAGGGUAGGAAGUGGCCAGCAGAUUACGCGUAAGCGAUUAUUACACCAAAAAAAAAAUAAUGUAUUCAAACUAUAUAAAUAAAUAAUUAUGUAUGACAGUAAUACAUUUUUCAUUGAAUUCCCAUUUAUAUUUAACAUUCCUCUUUAUAAAAUAAAAACUUAUAGCAAUUA